CUCUCCUAUGUAUAUAUACUUGCUGUUUUCUUCAAUAAAAUCAGAUAUUCAUUCAUCCAAAAGGUGAUAUAUAUGUAGCUAUUAUUAUGAGCAAAUAAAUAGGUAUGCUAGAUUUUACAUAUAAAAACCAAAGCUGAUUAAAUUUUCGAAUUCUUUUUAAGUAUUAAAUAUAUUUGGAAUGACUGCAAAGCUCUUAUCACAAGAAGAAAUUUUAAGUUUAAUGAAACAAGAAAAUGAUUCCGUUAAACUAGUACCUAAGAAAAAAAAUCAAAUACAAGUGAACUUUGGGAUCAUUUCCACCAAGUUUUUGUUAACAAUCAACAACAGCAAUACGUUUCGUGUAAUUCGUGCAAAGUCUUACUUUUAUUUACAUCUGCAAAUGGUACAAAUAAUAUGAAAACACAUUUGAAAUCAUGUAGUAAACCAGAUCAAACAAUUAGUAGUGGUCAAAUAAGCGUUACAGAAUUUUAUCCAUCAAUGAACAAUAUCCAUAUUCCACAGCGAAUUAAAUCAGCAGUAUUACGUGCAUGUUCAGAAUUUGCUGCUAUUGAUAAUAGAGCAUUCGAAACAAUGGCAGGUGAUGGAUUCAAAAUUCUUGUACAAGAAAUAUUUGAUGCUGGUCGUGUACUUAACAGAUCUUCAUUAGAUGUAGAUGCACUUAUUCCACAUCCUACUACGUUGGUACUUUUUUAUGUUGGAUCAUUAGGUCUAAGCUAUUGUGAUACUUCUGUUCAUCAUACAGAUCGUGAUUUUCGUUUAUUUAAUUUUAUAUUGGGAUGUUAUCCAUACGAUGCUGAAUCUCAUUCUGCACAACAUCUUCAUGCAUUUGUUGAUCAAAAAUUAAAUGAAUAUAAAUUACGUUUAGAUAGUUCAAAAUAUGUUGUUACCGAUAACGAAGCAAAGAUGUUAAGUGCUUUUCGUGAAAAUUGCACACGUAUUGGAUGCUCCGAUCAUUAUAUAAAUCGUCAAUUAAAACAUGCAUUUGAAUCUCAACAAAUUCAUGUUUCUAAAACUGUUAUUGAAAAUGUUAAUUGUGAUGCUAUUCAAGGUCUGUUUUUUACGAUAAAAAAUAUUGUUUCAUCUGUACGUCGUUCACAUAAACAACAAAUUUUAUCAAAGAAAUUACAAUCGUACAGUGAUACACGCUUUAAUGGUGCUCUAUACAUGCUCGAUGUUUUUCGUGAAUUAUUUGACGAAUUUCCGGCUGUUCUGAUUAACAGUAAAUUAAUUGAUGCUUACCAAGAAAUUGAUAAACAAACAUUAGAUGAUGAACUAAUGAUAAAGAUCGAAGUUUAUUGUCAGCAUUUUUUUAUCUCUACUUCGUCUUUUGUAGGCCAUCGAAUCAAAGUUGCUUGGAUUAUUACCAAUGAGCACCGCCUGGCUACAAUAUUGCAUCCAAAAUUUAAAAAGUUUGAGAGUUGUGCUGACGAAAAGCAGGCUGCAAUAGAUGUGUUAAAAAAAGAAUUUGAUGUCCAUUAUGAUGCUAAUCUUGAUUCGAUAAAUUCUUUAUCACCUUCUUCAACAACAACAAGUACAUCGAUGAUGAAAUUAGCUUCUGCAUCAUCUUCACCUGCUUCAAUUAAAUGUGCUUCUUCUGUAUGGAAGAGUAUUUUAGCACAGUGUUUUGAUCAACAACCGGACGGAUUGAUAUCAUCAACAAACAGAUACCAAGGGGUUGACGAUUAUUUAAAUCGAGAUUUCUAUUUUAAGGAGGACGAGGAACAAGAUGGUGAUAUUGACGUUUUGGAUUUUUGGCGUAAACAACAGAAUUCAUUUCCAACGUUAUCAUUGAUUGCCAGGAACAUUUUUGCAAUACCGGCGUCUAACACCACAGUUGAACGCCUUUUUUCAUCAUCAAAACUUAGUGUCGGUGAACGUGGAACGAAUUUAGGUAGUGAAAAGCUUAAUCAACUCAUGUUUCUUCAAAAAAACUUAGUUCUAUUGAAAGAGCUCCGUCAAGUCAAUAAAGUACCAACAAAAAGAUCUAUUUCUGAUCAAGUUUCAAUGAUGUCUGAACAUUCAAGUGAAACAAUUGUCAAAAAGGCACGAGAAGAUAAUACACAUUCAUCAGACGACGAAGGUGGGAAUAUUGAAUGGUGCUGA